AUUGGGUACCGACUAUUCGGCAAAUUACUAGCCUCUACUGUGUUGCACUUUGAUUUUUUGUAGUGCAUUCUUUUGCUUGGAAACAUUUUUACCCUAUAAUAUUUUCGCACCGUCUAAUAUAUAGUAAAUAAACAAGUUUUUGCUUUACCGACAUUAAAUAAAUUCGCCAAGAUUCAGAAUAUACCAAGCCUGAAACUGGAUAGGAUGGAGAAGAUUAACUCGACGCUGGGGGCCGUGAGGUCUCUGCGUUCUAGCGUUCGACAAUGCUUCGAGCACUUGGCAGAUGGCACCAGUGCCGAAUUGGCUGAGGAUAACCGGACCAAGUUUCUCCUCAAAUUCCAGGAGAAUUUUAACAACAUGAAUGCUCAAUUAAGGGAAGUCGAGAGUUUAAUUAACGGCUUGCAAGCACCACAAACACCUUACUGUUUAGGCCAAACUACUUAUCUCGCACAAGAGACUGCCCCGGAUCGACAAGCGUUGUAUUCUCAACUCGUGAAUAGCUACAAGUGGAUCGAUAAGGUUCAUGACCACAGUUUUUUGGCUUUUAACAACCUCAACCAAAACAAUCUCCGGAGGUCAUACACAUACUGUUCGCAGAAGCGUGGGCGCAUACCAUUUACGUCAUGUAACAAUACCGAUCCGGAUCACACAGAUAAGCUAUUGAGUGAAAUAAAUUUACCGCUGACAAGCUAUCAAGUUUGCCGUCCAUUCGGUUCUAACGUUGUUGUAAUUGUUACAAUUAGUCGUGUGCUUAAGGCAGCCAUCGUUUGCAAGGGUGUUCUGAUUGAGUGGGUAACAGUCAAGGGAUUCGAUGAAACGCUGGACCCAGACGAUUUGUGGACGGAAUCACGAUAUGAAGUAUUCCGUAAAGUGCAAGAACAUACACACAUUGCGAUGUUGCACUUCUUCUCGCCUACCUUGCCUGAUUUGGCAAUUAAAAGCUAUAUGACAUGGCUACACAGCUACAGUAAGCUUUUCUUGGAGGCAUGUAAACGAUGUGGCAAAUUCGUUUCGAACGGCUUGCCGCCAACCUGGCGUGAUUUGCGAACAUUAGAGCCUUUUCACGAGGAGUGUCGUAAUUGCUAAACACAAUAAAGAAAAACGUAAUGUAUUUGUAUAGUUUUAAAUAAUUGCAAUAUAUAUUUGCAGAAACAAUAAUAAUUAUUCAAAAAU